GUCCUGCACGGGUAGAAUGCGCCUGAUAAGGCCUACAAUGAGCCGUACAUAAAGCUUGACGCUCACCAUCUUUACAAGUCUCCAGGGACCUCAAGACUCCGCCUUCGAACAAUCUGAAACACAUAUCUGCGCAUUUCAACUUCAACCGCAAAUAUGGUCAAGAUCAACGUCCUCAUCUCUUCGCUCUGUCUGGCUUCGUCGGCAGUAGCAGCGGCUCUUCCUGCACCUGCAGCCAAGACAUGCAAGAACCCCAUCAAGCGCUACGAAUGGAAACAACUCUCAAUCCCGCAGAAGAAGGCAUACAUCGAUGCAGUACUUUGCCUAGCGUCAAAGCCCGCCAUCUCCGGCAUCGAAGGCGCCAUCAACCGUUUCGACGACUUCCAAGCCGUCCACAGUAGCCAAACCCCCGACAUCCACUGGGUCGGCCACUUCACACUCUGGCACCGCUACUUCGUCGCAACCUACGAGAAGGCUCUACGGGAAGAAUGCGGCUACACCGGCGGCCAACCCUACUGGGACUGGUCUGCGGACGCGGAGCCCCAAAACCCCACAUCAACACGCAUCUUCGACUCUGAGAUCUGGCAGCCAGACACCGGUUUCGGUGGCAAUGGUGUCAAGGUCGACCCCACACCCGAGACAAACCCCUUUGGUGUCGAGGGCGGAACAGGUGGCGGAUGCGUUACGAAUGGUCCUUUCACACCCGACAAGUUCAUGGUCAACUUCCCGGAACCUCACUGCCUGAAGCGCGAUUUCGUCCCUACCCUUAUCAACGUGUGGGCCGACCAAAAGCUCGUCGACAAGGUCAUGGCUUCGAAGGACUACACAGGCUUUGCCCGUGCGGUCGAGGGCGAAGCUACCUUCGCCGUGCCCAAUAUCCACGGCAGUGGCCACUUCGGUGUUGGCGGUGCUUUGGGACAGGCUGGUGACGCGAACAACAGCCCGGGUGAACCAGUAUUCUACCUCCACCACGGCAACAUCGACCACAUCUUCUCGAUGUGGCAGCAGAAGGAUCUGAAGAACCGCCUUCACCAGGUUGGUGGUCCGAUCAUUCCUUUCGACUACAGUGGCAAGAACGUUACUCUUGACUUUGAGGUUGGUCUGGGCAAGCUGGCGCCGACUGUUAAGCUGAGGGAUCUUUUGGACACUCAGGGUAAAUUGCUUUGCUACUCUUACUAGAAACAGUAGCUGGGUUGAACACUUCAUGUGUAUAAUUACUAAAUAAUACAUCAUCUAAACAUGUUUCUGUUUCUAUUUGGUCGUCUUUAUGGACACCAACAAACUUGCACUCAGUUAC